AGCAAAACACCAAACCCAGAAAGCCACCAAUGGAGUCCAUUAGCAAACUGUUGUUCAUUUCUGCCCUUCUUCUGUGCUCUUGUUCUGCUCUCAAGGAGGGACAGACAUGCGUUGGAGAUAGCAACUGUGACUCCGGUUUGCACUGUGAGACCUGCGUCGCUAAUGGAAACCUGCGGCCCAGAUGCACCAGAAUCCAGCCUGUAAACCCCACUUCAAAGGUCCUUACCAUUCAUUCAUAUCUUACUUUUAUACAUACAUACAUUAUGGCUUGUAUAGAUAUGUAAACUGUGUGCGGUUUUCUUGGGUUGUGGGUUAGGUUAAGGGGUUGCCGUUCAAUCGGUACUCGUGGCUGACGACGCACAAUUCGUUCGCCAGGUUGGGGGAGAGGUCGGCGACAGGAUCUUUGAUUCUGGCUCCCUCAAAUCAGCAGGACUCCAUUACCAGUCAGCUCGACAAUGGUGUUAGAGGAUUCAUGCUCGAUAUGUAUGAUUUUGAGAAUGACAUCUGGUUGUGUCAUUCCUUUGGAGGAAAAUGCUACAACUAUACAGCUUUUCAACCUGCAAUUAAUGUUCUGAAGGAAAUUCAGGCAUUUCUUGAAGCAAACCCAUCAGAAAUAGUUACCAUUAUCAUUGAGGACUAUGUUUCAUCCACAAACGGCCUGACUAAAGUGUUUGAUGCUGCUGGUCUGAGGAAAUUCUGGUUUCCUGUGUCUCGAAUGCCAAAAAAUGGUGGAGAUUGGCCAACAGUUGAUGACAUGGUCCAAAGUAAUCAACGUUUACUGGUUUUCACUUCAAAGUCAGCCAAGGAGGCUUCCGAAGGAAUAGCUUAUCAAUGGAGAUACAUGGUAGAAAACCAAUAUGGAAAUGGUGGAAUGGUAGCCGGUUCAUGUCCAAACCGUGCAGAAUCACCUACUAUGAACACAACAUCGAGGUCACUGGUUUUAGUGAACUACUUUCCCAGUGCACCAGACAUAACCCAAGCCUGCAAGCACAAUUCUGCUCCUUUGAUUAGCAUGGUUGACACAUGCUAUGAAGCAUCCAGCAAACGAUGGCCUAACUUCAUUGCUGUUGACUAUUACAAGAGGAGUGAUGGUGGGGGUGCACCAGAGGCUGUAGAUGCAACAAAUGGUCAACUAGUUUGUGGAUGCAAUAACAUUUCCCUCUGCAAGGCAAAUAUGACUUUUGGAGCAUGUAACUUACCUCAGCCAAGCAUUGCCCCAGAACCUGGAUCGGUAUCACCGGACUUCAGUAGUGCUUAUUUGAGUGGCAGACCAGCUCAACUAUGGUGGUUCCUUUGCACAGUUAUAGUGAUAAUCCUCUUGCAACUGUAAAGCUGAUUGACACUGAAGAGGAGCAAAAGGGUACAUCUUAGUUCUAACCUUGUAUUGCACAAGUGGAUGAUUAUUCUUUAAUGCCGAUCCUAAUUACAUUGCUUAGAGAUGAGAUUAGAAGGAUUUGUUGAUCGGGCUUCAUUUAUUCGGAAAUUGGAUAUUCAGAUUGGUUCAAGACUUUAGUUUAUUGGCUAGUGAUUUUCUGCCUUUUAAUAAUAGAGCCUGAAAAAUCAUCAUUGUUUGUUACUGGUAGUCUUGAUACAAAUCGUGUAAUUGUAAUAUAAAAUCCUUGUCCAUGCAUGGCUGUACCAAAAGAAAAAUAUAACAUCUUUGCUUAA